AUGGUGACUAGUAUUAAGAUCAUAGACUUCAUUGUUUUUGAAGAACUAGAACGUGAUGACAACUAUGAUGUUUUUCUGGGUUUUAACAUAACACAUAAGGAAGAAGCUUACAUAAAACUAACAGAAAGUAAAAAAAUAGGAGUGUACCCUGAUCUACGCUUUCGAAUGAAAUAUGAAAACAUAGAAGUUCGGAACAAACUUAAGGUUUAUUACAUCGAUAGAGAGGGUAUACAAGGUCGUCAUCAUGAAAGCGAUUUAACAAUUAAGGGUAAAGGAUCUGACACUCACUACAUCGUAAAUGCAACAUUCAAUAAUGUUUAUCACACCCUGUACGGUUCGGAAUAUAUGUGGACCUCCAUAUUUGGGAAUAUUUUACUAGAGGAACGCGAGAAAUUAGCUCAAGAAAAAUGUUAUGAAGUCAAAGUCAAACGAAGAGUCGGAAAAGACAUAAAAGACCGAUUUUAUAUUACCGAAAUACCAAAGGAAGUCCAAGCUGACCACGGUUUUCUAGGUCAAUUCAAGGAGUUUAUGACGAGUACAGAAAGUAGCCCCUUGGUAAGAAAGCGAGAGAAUAGCCGGGACAGUGCAGCGAGUAAACCUUACAAACCUCCUUCAUUUCUUCCUCAAUUUUCAAGUUCGCUAAGCGAAAUAAAACUUGAACCGCAACUUCCUCCAUACCGUAAAACGAGAGAUAAUAAAAGUGAUAAAGAAUUCAUGAAAAAGGAGGUUAAAGAUAAAAACGUUAUAUUAGUGGUGUCGACAGUCAAACGCUAUGCUUGGAAUAAGGACUUGGGAAUCGUUCCGUUCUCACUUACUAAAACUUGUGAUGGUAGAGAGAUUGUAGAAGGCUGGUGGUAUAAUGCCACGAUAAAGUAUACCGAAGUGACUCAAGAAAAACCAACAGGCUUGUUAGUCACUUCCAUAAUGGAGCCUCUGGAAUUGUAUAAAACAAGAAAGGAUAAAAUGAUUAUUUAUGUCCAAGAUACGUUCCAAUUAGAAGAAUCGAAGAUUAAGAAAAUCCAAGAUAGGAUAGUUUACGAUCAUUUCUUUUUCGGGAAUAUUGGUUUAGAUGAUAAUGAAUCAGCGAAUGAAGAAUUGUACAAGAAACCUAUUUUAUUCGUUUUGAAAAUGGAAGCGUAUCGCAAACACGGUGUUUUUUGGAAAGUUUCUAGAAUUGGAGAUUCUUCGGACUCCAGAUGCAAUGAGAAAGAUGUUGAGCAAUUCCCUAGAAUGAACAUGAAACAGCAUUCUUCUCCACCCAAAGAUGUUGUUGUCUACAACAAAGCUGAAGUGUUGGAAUACAGAUCGCGCGACAGCACGAGUUCUUCCCGAGAACUUUUCAAUCCCCUUCCCAGCAAUCGUGCAGAUAACUUCACAUCAGGAGUCAUUUGUCGAAUAGAGAGAGAUCAUGCAAUAGUUUUUUCACAUGGAAAUAUUAUAAGCAGCUUGGUAUUAACAAAAUGGCCCCAUCUAAGUAUUGGAGAUACUAUCAGAUUUCACACGCGAGCAAAUUCACCUUAUGCUGGUUGUGACUCCGAAAUAUUAGAAAACACUGUGCACAGCGAAGACCAAAAACAGAAGUGGCAAUAUGGAGAGCGGGGAAUACCUCAAUUCGAUGUAUCUUUUCAACGCCAUAGCUCAAACAAUCCCGAGUACAUUUAUCAGAAUAGGCUAGGUUACGUGAUGGUUUCAACAAAGGAUUCCGUUUUUGGUAGUGUUAUAGCUUGGUUAAAGUCCACUACGGGUCAUUUUGAUGGAUACGUGAGUCUUUCAUUCGAUGAAUCCUCAGAAAAAUAUAAAUGGAUACUCGUGGAUGUAGCCAAAACCGCCGUGUACAAGAAACCUACUAAUGAUGCUCUUCACCUUCUUUACACCUUAUGGAAAGAUACAAAAAUAAUGGAGCGUAUUUAUUUUUCCAAUAGAGAAGCCUUUGUUGCCAUGGAGAACACUUUCACAAGAGUUCAUAGCUCUAAUAAUUUUGAAUCCAUCGAACACUAA